AUGAUCAUCAGAUACAUUGCAAAUUCAACGAAUUAUUCCCUGUACUGGUUACCCAUCUAUUUCUACGAUGAGCCUUUUAAUCAGCAAGUGAUAAUCUCAAUUGUUGAAAUAGCUCUCUACAUUUUGUGCAGCCAAGCUGUCAAUGCAUACGUACAUGUUACUCUGAAAAUUCGACUUUUUCACAGAAACCUUUACAUAUUGUCAGUGCCAAUUUGUAUACUCUGGUAUUUACUAAUCGCCGGAAAAUGUAUCGUAAUAGGUUACCGAUUGAAUUUCCUGAAAAUCGACGUUCCUAUUGGAGAGCACACGAAUAUUUGGACGGAAGAUAUUGCAAAAAUGUUAAAUGUCAGUAGUUUGAAGGGUCUUGAGCUUAUGCUAUUGUCCGGGUUCCUCCAAUGGUACUACAUGUAUUCGUUUGUUUUCAUGGUGAUGGCAAUGGUAGCGGAAAGAAUCAUCGCCUCGGUUUUAAUAGAAAACUACGAGUCUAACACUCAACUUCUAAUCCCAGUCAUUCUAACUGUCGCAAGUCAAUCUCUGUCAAUUUUCGUUUCGUUUGCGCUGCUAUUUCACAAAAUCAAUCCUUGUGAUGCUCAACUUCCUUGGAUUAUUAGUUGUGUACUGACUUUGCUGGCGUGUGUAUUUGUAAAAGUUUUGAACGAAUCAUUCCAGCGGGAAAUCAAGAACCCGGGCAGAAAGCGACAUUUCACAAUUUCCCAGCAAUUUCAAGUCAAGGAAAAUUUGAGGGCACUUCGAGUCGGUAUUCGUCUUGUGAUAACUGUGCUCAGUUGCAUUGCUCUUUAUGGUCUCGGAAUCGCUGCUCUCAACUAUGAAAUCAUCCCUCCAAUUUAUUGUCAUUUUGUGGAAAAUCUACUGUUUUUGGAUAUGAUACCAAUUGCACUAACUGCUAUAAUAUCCGUUUCUCACUGGAGGAAGGAAUUCGCAAGAUCAUAUUUGACCUUUAAUUGCCUGAAAGUUAAACAAAAAAUUCUGCCUAUGGAAAAUGUGGAUUGCCAGAGGAAGAAAUUGGAUAUAGAAACGGAUUUAUAUUUCAAGCAGCUCGCCAGAUCUUGGAUUUGA